AUGGGCUUCAAAUGGACGAUGAUGUUGGUGUUGUGUGUGUUAAUAGGAGGAUCAAUGGGAGCUAAGCCCAAUAAGCCAAUUGAUGUCCCAUUUGGAAGAAAUUAUGAACCUAGUUGGGCUUUUGAUCACAUCAAAUAUUUGAAUGGUGGCUCUGAGAUCCAGCUCUCUCUCGAUAAUCGCACCGGCACUGGUUUUCAGUCAAAAGGAUCUUACCUAUUUGGGCACUUUGCUAUGCACAUAAAGAUGGUUGCUGGUGAUUCUGCAGGCACUGUCACCGCUUUCUAUUUGUCUUCUCAAAAUUCAGAACAUGAUGAAAUAGACUUCGAGUUCUUGGGGAAUAAAACAGGAGAACCAUACAUUUUACAAACAAAUGUAUACACAGGAGGGAAAGGUGACAAAGAGCAAAGGAUUUACUUAUGGUUUGAUCCAACAAAAGAUUAUCACACUUACUCUGUCUUGUGGAAUCUUCAUCAAAUUGUAUUUUUUGUGGAUGAGUAUCCCAUAAGAGUGUUCAAGAACAACAAGAACUUAGGUGUCAAAUUCCCAUUUGACCAAUCAAUGAAGAUAUACUCAAGUCUAUGGGAAGCAGAUGAUUGGGCAACAAGAGGUGGACUUGAGAAAAUUGAUUGGUCAAAUGCACCCUUUGUUGCCUCAUACAAAGGCUUUCACAUUGAUGGUUGUGAAUCUUCUGUCAAUGCCAAAUUUUGUGCCAAUCAAGGCAAAAGUUGGUGGGAUCAAAAGGAAUUUCAAGAUUUGGACAAAACUCAAUGGAGGCUUUUGAGAAGAGUUAGGGACAAAUAUACAAUUUAUAACUAUUGUACCGAUAAAAAGAGGUUCUCUACAAUGCCAAUAGAGUGUAAGAGGAAUAGAGAUGUUCCAAGGAAUUCAAGAAAGGAAAAUUAAGUUUUGGUUUAUUAUUAGGCAUGUGUCUGAUUCUGUAAAAGCUAUGCAUUUUAGAGAAUCUAAUACGAAUAUGAUAAUAUUUUUAAAAAAAAUUGAGUAUGGAGGCUGUAA